CCCUGCUGACAAACUGUCUGCUAGUUCUCUAUAUCAAACCCAGUCGAUAAGAGUCUCCUAAUGUCGGUGAUCAUUGAUAACACAGGUGAAGAAUACGGAUGUUUAUUUUCCGUGCCAAAAAAAGAACCCAUGUUGUAUUUGUGUUCACUGUAUAUUCUGCUGUGCACAUCCGGUGUCUCUUUGUUCAAUAACGAAGACUUUACAGCUUACAAUCUCGUCGUGACUGGUUCGCACACAGUUCGGAAGGGAUAUGCUGAUAUGGUCAUUUCCUGUGAAAUCGACAGGCGAACUACCUUCAGAGAAAUCCAUUUAAUGGGCCUGGAAAAGAAAAACGGCGAAGACGAGAAGCGCCCUGUUCUGUUUAUCACAGACGAAACGAAGAUCACGUGGGAGGAUCAUUACAUACAGCACAGACCUGGGGUUACUGUUUCCGGUGACAUCACUUCCGUUCAGUCUGCAUAUCUAACCUAUACAAUAUCACGUGACUACGUUCACUGUGACAAUGAUUCUGCUAGUUAUUCAUGUUUUUUGGGAGGUUUGGAAAAGAACGGCUCAAUGAGUACACAGUUUACAAAGGACUACCUAGUCAAAGUUUUAGAUCCCCCAAAACAUAUGGACGCCCCUGUUGUGAGAACAGGAGCAUUGGGGAACCCAACCCCUAACCGCCAAUUUCCAGCGGGAACCACCAUACAGAUAGAAUGCUCAGGUGAAGUUGGGACUGACCAGGCUGAUUCUAAUCCCAGUAUCCGCUGGUGUUCCAGGGCUGUGGGCGACACCUCACUGACACCAAUGCCUGUCACGCACUCUUUCAACGCCCGGAAGAUCAACAGCUGUCUCUGGUGGAAAACGAGCGCACUGGAAUACACUGUGUCCGCCAUAGACGAAGAAACGCAAAUCAUAUGCGAGUCGGGCUAUCAAUACGCAUGCGGUUCCGGAACUGCUAAAGCUAACGUUACCAUCCAAGUAAAUGAGUGACAUCAGUAUAUAUGCAAAUCACAUUGUGUAAUGACAAAGUGUUCAAAUCAAGUAUUUCAACAAGUGUUAAAAUGUCAUGAUUUUUUAAUAACAAAGAGUCCAAAAGCAUA